ACUCUUUCUUGAGAGAGUGUUCUUGGCCGGUGCCCCAUGGCGGGCUUGUCCCAUGCGAUCCGCGCUGCCGAAGCAGCGCCGGGUCGUGGCGACGUCCGUGGAUCAGCUGCGUCGGGUUACUUCGCUGCGGGGUGUGGAGCGCUCAGCGGCCCUGUGUGCCGUUUGGCGAUGGAAGGAGUCUGCAGAAGCUUCUCCUUUGGUUCUGGAUCCGUUUGCGGGAGAGCUUGCGCAGGAAGCACUUGGGACUGAAGCCGUGUCCAAGCUCGCUAACGCGACGUUCGCCUCCAGCCUCCAGUACCUGCUGGCGCUGCGUACCCGUUUGCUGGAUGACCUCUUAAUCGCCAGCCAACGCCACCAACCAGUCGAACAGGUGGUGCAGCUGGCCGUUGGCUGCGACACCCGAGCGCUGCGCUUGGGCUCGACGUCCAGCUGUCGUUUCUUUGAGGUCGACACUCAGCGCAUGGUCGAUUUUCGAAAGAGGUGGGUGCAGCAGCAACGUAUCGUGCAAGUGGGAUUCGAUCUGAAAGAGCCGGAGCUUUUGGUGCCUGCUCUGGUGGAUGUGGGAUUCGAUCCGCGCCGCCGGACGGCCUGGCUUUGCGAGGGUUUGUUGGAGUACCACGAGCCGAGCUUCACCAGCGCUUUGCUGAAGGCGUUGGAUGCUGCUGGACCACAGCUCUUAAUCCUGGCAGUGCUUGAUCCCUACUGGUUGGAGUUUUUGGCCAAGGAGCAUGAGCAAAGGCCGGUGCGCAUGGCCUGGAAGCAUGGGGGCCCAACGUCUUUUGGUGUUUUUGUUGGACAGCCAGGCCCAGCCGCUUGCCGCCGCUGGAGUGGCACCGAGCACGGCUGGCGGAGUGCGGCUGGGAGAUCCAGCAGCAGCUCAGUGAGCUCAGGAACCUUUGCGAUGCCAGAGCCGAGGUGGGUGAGGUGAAGAGCCUGUUUCAUGUGCUCGUGGCUGAAAAAGGCGAAGAUGGCUUUUUGUUGACGUCCACGUGCUGCCAACGACUUGAUUUACCCUCCCUGCAACAAUCAUGGUUACGUGGACUGUGGCCCCUCUUGGUAGAUAAAAAUCGUCUUCCAAAGGGGCCACGCCCUCCACUUCCAUGAUUGUUUCAGGGAGUCUACUUGAUUUGUAAGGGUCCCAAAGGCGCCGCGCCUGUUCCAAGUGCAGUGUCGUCGUGCAAAUGGGCCGGGACGUGUCAGGCUGCAUUCUCACCCUAUUACUGCCCAGGCCGAAUGAAGUGAGGCUCCUUUCAACGGUGACCAUGAACGUUGUCGUGAGUCCUUUUCACGAACUUUGUGCGGACGCAGCCAUCUCAAUCAACCUAUUCGGCAAUCAUGGAGCCCUGUAGGUGGGCCACUGCAAAUGUAGACAAUCGACCCAGGUGUAGGAUAUUGGAAUGUAAUCCAAAAUGCAGGAGCGCC